UGAGUUUCAACUUCUUCUGAAGCUCACAAAACAAACAUCUCGAGAAGCUCACAACAAGCAGUAGCCAGAAACAACAAACACACAACAAGAUAACAAUGAAGACAAUUUGCUCAUCACCUGCGUUCUUUGCCCUCAUGGCUUUGAUUACAGCAAACAGUAGCCAUGUGGCAGCACAAAAUCUCUUUCUUCCAGAGCAUGAGCAAUUUGAGAAAGCACAAGCCCUAUGGAAGUCCGUAGGGACACAACGCUACCAGUUGGAUUAUGAAAAGCAUGGUCCUGACCCAUUGAACACUGUCUAUCCAUGGACUGUUAUUGUUGAUCCACCAAAUGCUCCAAUUGCCAAGGAUGGUAAUCACAACCAAAUCAAUUGGGCUGCUCCCCCCACUGUUGAUCUACUUUUCAAAACCAUCGAGGAUCAACUGAACACCCGAACAGCAAUCCAAAUUGAUGUGCAGUAUAAUCCCCAGCAGGGAUACCCCCAGAUGAUUUACAUGGUUUUGGCUGACAGAAGCAUCUACGAUGUAGAUAUCACCAACUUUCAAAUACAAAACGCGCCCGCCAAUAGGAACCAAAAUCCCACCAGCGUGCAACAACUAGCUCAGGCAGAAGCACUAUGGAAGUCCCAUGCCAUUCCCAACUACAAGUACCAAUACAGUCAGCUUGGAUCUAACCCCCACAAUAUCGUUUAUCCCUGGGCUGUCAAUGUGCAAAACAGUCACACGGCCACUGGUGUUGAUGGCAACCACAACCAAAUCUUGUACGAACCCCACCCUCAAACUAUGGAGGAAUUUUUCCAACGCAUCCGAAAUGCCUACAGUCAAAAUGCCAAGUACAUUGAGGUUCGCUACAACAAGGUUUAUGGCUUCCCUGAAGACAUCUUCAUUGUGUACAAUGAUCAGACACCUGAUGCCACCUACGACGCUCAAGUCACCAAUUUUUUGAUCCAAUAGAUAAGUCAGCGCCAGAGCCGUGCCUAUUAAUUAAAAAUUACGAAGCAACAAUCGCCA